AUGGCUGGCGGUGGCGGCGGGCAUGUUCCCAGCAAAAAAGUGGCGCAGGGGCCACCGUCCUCCUGUGCACUCAAUUCCCAUGGCCCAGGGCCUCUUGUCGUGGCGUGGGCUACGGAAGGGAAGGGACGGAACACAAAACGCCAGACAGGCAAGUGGCAGGCACCACGGAGCUACCACGUCCCAGGGGAAGUACACCCACACACGUCCAUGUCCAUGCUUCCCCAAUCCAACGUCACCAUUUUGGCAGGGCCCCCGGACCGGCGAAUUGCCUGUUGCGGCUGCGGGUUCCCGGCCUCGGGGGGCGUCCAAGCCGAGCGACGAGGCACUUCGCUUGGCUUUGGCUUUUGCGAUGCGGGGAUGCGUACCCGUGGCUGUCCUCGGGGGAAAAAAAAGGCAGGGCGGCGAGCGCUACCCUGGGAUAAAGAUUUUACUUUAUUUUAUUUUAUAUCUGCGUCGACAAAGCUUCACGGUCGCGCGAUGCAGGGCAGGCCAUGUCCUCAAACCCUCAUGAGGCGAGGAAUUUACGGGAUAAGCACGAGUACGGCCGAGAGUUACAGUGCACCAUGCCGGCCACCAACCAUCUACCGUCAAUGGAGGGGUGCUAAAAUGCAGCCUGCGCUGCCUCGUCAGCAGCAUCCACCACGACUCUCGCUCAAUGCCAACGGUCGACCUCUUGCAGCUGCAGGGCCAGUCUCGGGGUCGAGCCACAAACAUGUCGAUGCUGCGAAAGGCCCUAGUUGGAGAGCAAGCAACUCGAGUGUGAGGCGAGCGGGCCGGCCACGACCGACCAAUCGACCGGUCUGUUCCCGUCUCACUUGCUCUUUGUCUCCUGGCGCCCGGAUGCGGGUGAGACUGCACAAGGAACAAGGGAGGACAGCCACUCGAUCCUGGCGGCAAAUCGUCUCGCCGAGUGGCUUGUUCGUCUUGUAAUCUGGGUGGCUUUUGCUGGGCGGUUGGGUGUCGUGAGCGCCCAUGGAUGGCUCGCUCCCAUGAUGAAGCGGCCAAGCGAAAAAAAGAAAAAAGAAAAAACCCUUGCCUGUCUGGCUCUCGUGGGGAGGAGGUUUACCUCUGGGGACGCGCGCGCGCCAUGGGACGCCCUAGCCGAUGCAGUGCAGAACAGACAGCGCCUCCUUUCGAUGGUGCCGCAAAUCGCGAUGGACGCAGGAUACGUACAACGACAACGCCCGGCCGGCGCCCUGCCGUUGACCACACGGCUGUCUUGCCGUCGGCUUCUCCGUCAGUUGUUUUGCUUCUUUUUGAUCUCUCUUCUGCUUAAUGCCAAGCCAGGCAUGAUGCGAGAAGAGGGGCCAGAGGACGCAUGCUGCCGGCAGCCACACACGCAUACACACAUCCACACCCAUAUACACACCCUCUUUCUCUCUCCUCUCGAGCCUCGGUCGGUGAUGAGUUUACCCUUUUGAUGAUUCAUGGAGGGGAAGGAGAUGAUCUGAGGGGCAAGGCCAGAAUGUGCGCUGGCAGCGUCUCAUUUGCCCGCCCGUCCUCCCUCCAAGAGCGGCUUCAAUCGGCAGCCGCGCCCUGCCGCUGCUGGUCCUGUUUCUUGGCCAUGUAGCAGUGGCAGCAGCCAGACGCAGACGCAGAGGCAGUUUUCUUCCUUGCCCUCAAUACUCCUCUGUUCCCUCAUCCCACACAUGCUGCAUGUUGGGCAUGCAGCCACGGACACACACAUAUACACACAUAUCCACACACUAUAUGGCCCGGUCCCUCCUGGCCUGUCGUCUCCUGGCCUGUCGUCUCCUGGCC